AUGGUCUUUACUGACUCUAUGGGCUCAGCCCACAGAGCAGUUGACCCCUCCAUACAUUCUGGCCAGGCCUUUAGUCUGUCAGUCUGUCGCACUCUCCAAGAGUGGUUUGAGGUGGAUGAUCUCCACUGCAUCACCUUUGUCUACGUUCCAUCUGCAUUGCGGUGGGAUAUCCAUGGUGAGGCACACAAGUACAUCACUGAACUCAAAGUCAGGGUUGGACGUCACAAGACAGACAAUUCUAUAGAUGUGCUUCGCUCUAGAGCUGCACACUCAGUCCUGGAUUCAUGGAGUUCCACUUUCCAGGAUCCAACUUAUCAAGGCUCUGAAUUUUUAGAGCUUCAACAGCCUGACAGGUGGCUGAUCCAGCCAUCGUACUUCAAUGGGGGAUCUUGGCUUUCAACCUUCAGACACAGUAUCACUGAGUUUGCUCGCAUUUGCCAGUGUAUAACUGGCGAUGCGCCCAUUGGAGCGUACUACUGUCACUUCAAGAUUAACGAGCCUCAUGGCUGCACUUGCGGGGCUGCUUUACAGUCUCAUCAGCAUGUCCUCUUUCACUGCUGCAAUAGAUAUUCUGUACACUAUCCCCGUUUUCUCAGGGAUAUUGCAUCGUUUCUGAAGCACAACCCUACAGUGUUUGGCUUCAACCGGGACUCUUCGGGUGUUGGAUAA